UCAUCCUCGUCAUGCCGCUGCUUCCCGGGAGACGCCUGCUGGCCUUCGCCUGAAGAGUGGUCCGCUUUGAACGACUCCAUCUCUGGCAACCUCCUUACCAUCGACCCGAUCGGCAGCGUGUGCCACACCAACACCGCCUCCUACGACAACGAGAAGUGCGCGACCCUCCAGAAACAAUGGUCCAAGCCGUCGACUCACUAUGAUACUCCCUCAUCUCCAAUGGCCGCCUGGUGGACCAACUCAUCCUGCUCCCCC